AUGGUGUCAGCGCCGGAAAACACGUCGUCGACGCAUAGAUCAGCGCUUGUCGGAGGCACGCACCAGUUUCAGAUCGUCGGCUACGGCGUGCGCAAGGUCAGCAGCCCCAUCAGGUCCGGCGACUUCCAUGCGGGCGGCCACACCUGGGCUCUCGCCUGCGAAUUCGGUGACCAAGGAGAUGGUCACCUCGCGUCCAUCACCCUCCAGAUGGUCGGCAACAGCAAGGCCAACGUCGUCGCAAUGGUCAGCCUCCGCAUCGACGACCCGCGCGGCCGGUGGCCGGCUGCCCUGUGGAGGAGCGACGACCCCAACGUCUUCUCCAAGACCGGCAACAGCUGGAAGCUGACGGUGCCAAAUUCGUUCCGCGAACAUGAGGCGCGCUACGUGGAGAACGACCGCCUCACCAUCCUUUGUGCCGUCGACGUCCUCAAGGAGGAGAUCGCCACCACCCUCAAGAACAAGGACCGCUCGGUAUCCGUUGUGCCGUCGUCGCCCACCGUCUCUCAAGAUCUCGCCAAGCUUAUGCCGACGGACGCCGAGAUGACUCCCGGCUGCGUGCCACCGGACGUGACGUUCGUGGUGGAGCAGAGCGAGAUCAAGGCGCACAAGCUCGUGCUCGCCGUGCGGUCGCCGGUCUUGAUCGCGGAGUUGGACUUGCACAGCGCCACCACCACCGUGGGGCCGUGCGUCGUCAGGAUCGACGACAUGAGCGUCUCCACCUUCAAGGCCAUGCUCCGCUUCAUCUACACCGACGAGAUGCCCAUCAAACCAAACAGCAACGAUAUGCCACGGCCGCGGCGCGCCUGCAAAGAGAAGUACGCGUCGAGGCGCCGUGAAACCAUGGCGCGCGACCUGCUAGUGGCCGCCGACAGGUACGGCCUGGAGAGGCUGAGGCUCAUGUGCGAGAAGAUCCUGACUGAGAGCCUCAACGUAGCAACCGUCAUGUCGACGUUGCUGCUGGUACGCGGCCGGCACAGCUGCCGGCAGCUCGAGGAAUCCUGCAUUGAGUAUAUUGCAUCCCAUCCAGAUGUGUACGCCGCCGUGAAGGGGACGGAGGGGUACCAGAAGCUCAAGGAAAACUCCAGCUCUUCUAUAAUACUCGAGGUCAUGGACAGAGUAGCCAUGCAUAGCUUGGACCGCAACCGCUCCUCCUCCGACGGCAUCAACUGCCCGCGGCCAGCAGACAAGAGCUGUUCCACGUCCACGUAUUACGUGUCGGAGGUGGCGUGUGGCGCGCACGAGUUCAAGAUCCCAAACUUCAAGGCCGUUCAGAGGAGCCAUGGCCUUGGCCAACCAAUAUAUUCUGGCAUUUUCAAGGUCGGUGGCCACGACUGGAAGAUAAGGUUGUACCCGUCGGGGAAUGCCACCGUGGUGGAACAAGACGACGAGUACAUCUCCGUCUUCCUCGAGCUGGUGUCUGAUCCUCCUCCUGUACAAACCGCCGGCGUGAAGACCGCCAUGUGCUUCAAGAUCCAAGACCCCAGCCGGCCGUCGUCGCCGUUCAAGGAACCCUACACUGCUAGUCGGACUAGCACCACUCGCGUUGGAGUCACUGUAAUCGUGCCGCCCUCCCAAAUCUCCACGCAACUCGAGCAGCUGCUCGCAAGCGAGAAUGGCUCGGACGUGAGCUUCCUAGUCGAGGCAAACGAGAUCCGCGCGCACAGGCUCGUGAUCGCCGCGCGGGCACCAGCCUUACACGAAGCGGCGGCGGUGGCCACCAAGAACAAGGAGGAGGAUCACGCCGCUGCCGUGGUACGGGUCGACGACAUGAAGGCUGCGGUGUUCAAGGCCGUGCUCCAUUUUAUCUACACCGACGAGCUCCUGCCUGGAGAUAGCACCAGGUUGCUUGCUGGGGACAUGCUCACGGCGGCGUGCCGGUUUGGGCUGACGAGAAUGAAGGCCAUGUGUGAGAACUUGCUGUGCGAGUCCUUGACGAAAGAUAACGUGUUGGCCACUGUGAAGCUGGCGCGCCAUCACCAUUGCAAGGGGCUUGAAGAUUACUGCAUCGAGUUCGUCUCCACCCCGGACGUGGCCAAGGAACUGCUGAAAACUUUCAUCGGCUUGCAGGAUUAG